UUACAGAGCUAAAAGCAUCCUCCACUCUCUUUGUCCACUGCAGCCCAUUCUGCAUGCGGAGCAGAUCGGACGUGGAAAUUGUAUCCUUCGCUCAAUCCAAGGAAUAUAUUUUGAACAUACGUGAUACAGAAGCCGGAGGGAGUUCACUAUCUGGACUGGAACAAUGUUUCUCUUGCAGUAUACAGGACUGAACCCGUUGUCCUUUGACCCAUGCUCCAAUAACGAACCCCUGCAGUUCAGCAACUCAAACGUGCCGCUGGUGUCAGACAGUCCCCUGGAGAACGGAGCUGAGAAGAGCAUUAAGAGGAAGAGACCCAGCCUGCCCCCAGAAGGGAUUCGUAACAUAUCCAUGGACAUGUCCAACCCCAUGUCAGACCCCAACGCCUGGGCCACCGCCAUGAACAACCUUGGCAUGGCUCCCAUGAGCAUGACAGGACAGCCCCUUAUGUCAGAUUUUGACCAAGGCCUUGGCAUGAUGACAGGCAUCGGUCCCAUGAACCCCAUGAUGCCCGGCCUCGGCAUGGUGCCCCCACCCCCCCUCCCCCUUGAUCUGCCCAUCGUCAAGGAAAUCAUUCACUGCAAGAGCUGCACCCUCUUCCCCCCCAACCCCAGUAAGUAUAUUUACCUCUUACCCAAGUAA